UCUAACUGAAAGUAAAUCAGUAGCCCUGUUCCAACGCAGCAUUAGCCAAUGAAAUACAACUCGGUUGACCAUUGUACCCAUUGACGGAACUUGGUAAUCGGAUUGUUGGUGGUGAGAACAGCUGACUGGCUCUGAUAACUGAAUCAAUAUUGGACAGGAGUUGAAAAUAAAUAUUUAAGCAGAAAUAGGAAAGGGGGAGGGACUUCAAAAAAUCAUUUCAAAAAGAAAAUGUGUUAUUUUGUGGAUUUCUGAUGGGGGCCGGAGGGAAAUAAACACUUGCUUUGCAUUAAGCUUUCAGAUGCAGUGUUGGUGUUUAAGGUAUUCCCCUGCACUUUGUACAAGUUAACAUGGGGUCCAAAGUUCAGUGGCUACACCAGCGGAGGGAUAAAUGUGAACCCAGGAAAAUGUGCCCAGUUGAAAUGUAAACAGAUGAACAAGACUACGUUUAUGAUGACCAAAGCAGUCUACUUUCUGGUGUAGAAAAUAGUAUUUUUGAUUAUUUAUUAAGUUUGGGAAGUGUGUUCUCACCUUAGGUUUUAGAUCAUGUGGGAAGGAUUCAGUAACAUCAGGGAGACCUUGAUAUGAGGAGGGAUUAAAUAAAUCUGUGGGAUUAGUUACAAAUUCUGCUGUGGGGCAGGGGGGGAAGAUGGUGACCAAAUUAACAGCUCUGCAGCAGGAACUGGUGAAUGCACUGGUAGGGUCUGGGAUCACCAAGCAGACUCUGAUUGAAGCUCUCCAUGAUCUCGAUCCUUAUCAACCUGUGAAGACCGACGAAGCCCAGGGGUCGACGAUCACCAAUCUGCCCAACGAUGGCUGCAAGCCCGAGUUACUGCCGACCUUAGCCAACGGUCACCACUCGGCCAAACUGUCCGGCGACGAGAGCUCUGAAGACGGCGAUGAAGACUAUGACACCCCGACGAUCUUGAAGGAACUGGACAACCUCAGCCCCGAAGAAGCGGCUCAGCAGAGAUCAAUAGUAGAACAACUUCUACAAGAGGACCCAUGGAGGGCAGCAAAGAUGAUAAAGUGCUACAUGCAACAGCACAACAUCCCGCAGCGCGAAGUAGUGGACACAACCGGCCUGAACCAGUCUCACUUGUCGCAACACCUGAACAAGGGAACCCCCAUGAAAAAUCAGAAACGGGCCGCGCUCUACACCUGGUACAUUCGGAAGCAAAGAGAGAUCAUGCAGCAGUUCAGCCAAUCUACACAGAAGACAGGACCAAAUGUGGCAGGAAACAGACAGCAGCUGUUUCUCUUUGCAGACUUCAACAACUCAGCCCAGGGAACACCGGGGGAAGAACCAGCUGAAGAGCCAACCAAUAAGAAGAUGAGAAGGAACAGGUUCAAGUGGGGCCCUGCUUCACAGCAAAUAUUGUUUCAGGCCUAUGAGAGGCAGAAGAAUCCAAGUAAAGAGGAACGAGAGGCCUUGGUUGAAGAGUGCAACAGAGCCGAAUGUAUACAGCGAGGGGUCUCACCAUCUCAGGCCCAUGGACUGGGCUCUAACCUUGUUACUGAGGUGCGGGUAUACAACUGGUUCGCAAAUCGAAGGAAGGAAGAAGCCUUUCGGCACAAGCUGGCGAUGGAUGCCUAUGGCAAUCAACAAUCACACGCAGUAACCCCCGUGACACUCCACAAUAGCUCACCCCUGCCACCAAGUGCGUUGUCACCCAGCAAACUACAUGGAGUGAGGUAUGGGCAGCAAGGAUCCAAUGAAAUUGUGCCUCCAUCUGCUAGUCACCACGGCAACAGCACUAUGGUGACAACUCACACAAUUCUCCAACCCAUUUCUCCUCCGGGUCUGGAACCUAGCUCCAGUUUGUUGACUACAGACACCAAAUUGAUAGCUGCCUCAGGAGGAACACUUCCCCCUGUCAGCACACUGACUGCCCUCCAUGGCUUGCAACACAACCCGCCGACUGUAGCCCAGCAGACCCAGAAUCUCAUCAUGGCUUCCUUACCGAGCGUCAUGGCUAUCGCACCCAGUGACUCAACCUGCCUUUCACCUGCACUAGCAAAUGGAGGAGCUUCUGCACUGGUGAUUGGUCUCACCACAACUCAGGCUCAGAAUGUUCCGGUCAUUAACAGCGUGGGCAGCAGCCUGACAACUCUUCAGCCAGUGCAAAUUCCUCAGCAGUUUCACGCCCACCCCCAGCAGCCAAUCAUGCAUCAAGUCCAAGGUCACGUCGCCCAGAGCUCAUUCAUGGCAACCAUGGCACAGCUACAGAACCCACACGCUGUUUACAGUCACAAGCCAGAAUUGUCGCAGUACCACACCAGCCUCUUCCCACAGACCAUGGUCUUCACGGAUGCCAGCAAUCUCAGCAGCCUGACCAGUCUUCCCAUGACAAAGCAGGUUCUGACACUUAAUUCAGAAGUCCAGCCAGACAACCAGAUCCAUGCAUCUUUGCAGCAGGUACCAUUGCAGAGUCUGGAUGGUUCCAUUCAGCAUAUUCACCGAGUUUCCUCAAGCCCUGCGAUUACCACAGUCUCUUCAGGGAGUCUUGUGAUGUACCAAAACACCCAGUCGGCAGACAGUCACAGCCACCUGCUACCGUCUAGUCAAAGCAGCAUCGAGACCUUCAUUCCACAGCAGGUGGCUUCCACUGCACCGUAACCAUGCCAACCAAAGCAGAAGCAGACUGUCUUGUAAAAUACUAUAGACUUGGAUCAAAUCAUUGGGAAAAAAUACUACAGGAUUUAAAUAAUCUUCCAAAGUGCUCAUCUAUGUGAUGAAUAGUCUUCUUGCAAACCCAUGAACAUCGUGUGAAGAUUUAGAUGUGUAUUUUUGACUAAAGAAUUACUUUAUAAUGGAGGACUGUUUUGAGAGAUAUUAAUGUGCAAUAAUUUUAAUGAAAAUCCUCAAAUUAAAUGUCUGAUUCAAGAGCUGCAGUACAUAAGUUGGAAGGAGUUUGACAAGGACAAUGACGGGAUGGAAUGGGAAGAAGGAGGAGAAUUACAAGCCACAUAUUAUAAAUUAUGCAACCUCCCCCCACUGCCACUCAUAUCUUCCCAUCAUGUAAUGCUCUAGUGAUAUUUAGUAGUCAACCCUGCAUUUUUGUGCUGCCAUUUUAUUCACAUAGACUUUAUAAUAUGAACAUAAUUUAAGCUUUGAUUUUUGAGAAACAUCACGUUUCAUUUUGAUUAUUAAAUUGGACCAAAGUAUUUAAAUUACCAAAUUAUGUCAAUGCAGCUCACUUUGUAAAUUUUAGAGGUUCACUUAAACUUUGCAGUAUAUACAGUACAGUAUUAAAGUGCAUUCUGUUUGUA